AUGUCACGACACCGAAUGAUCCGGAAUAUCAAUUUGGAAGAUGGUAAUGUCUUGAAUUGUUUAGGUUUAAAAUAUUCGAGAAUUUGUCAUUUAGAAAUGGACGACGACUAUGGUGACGAUUACGACGACUACGAAGAUGAGGAGGAGUCGGAAAGUUAGUUUAAUAAAUUCUAAUCAAUUAUGGGGCUAUUCAGCGUACAGGACAAUUGAUCCGCAAUUAGGAUUUUUUCACAAAUCCGAAUCAGCUCCGGUUUUGUGGAAAUGUGAAGAUACAAAUGGGCUCGAUUCUCCUCCUCCUCAAGUCGUUUUUCGAGUUUUCUCAUUAAAUCCGUGAUUUCUCUUCAUCUCCAAACAAUGACACCUCUUUUUCAUAAAACUCCGACGUCUCAAUGAGGAAAAGGUCUUGAAAGGAUGUCUUGUACACUUCCAACUCGACGAGACAUCUGAGCACCUCCGAAACGUUUGACUUGUUAAUGAUCGCGCCCGUCCUUUCCGCGUCAAUCUCAUCUAAAACCGCUCUAAUCAGCCGUGUUUCGAUUUUCCGGAACAGGUCGCGCUUCCAGGUAACAAUGCAGAGGUCGUAAACGUAGUACACGUUGUUUCCUGGCACCGCGAUCUUGCGUCGGAUCCAGUUUCGGUUGAGAUAGUCGAAAAUUGAAUCGAAGACCGUCGACGAGAAUUUGAAUUUGAUCCAUUCGCCGGCGUAGAAGUCGAGAAGUCGCUCGCCGCACAAAUCGGAGUAUUUUGCCAGAACCGUCUGAACGUGGCGGACAAUGUGCUCGGCGACGUCCUUGUAGAGCCGCUCAUUGAGUUCGACGCUGUCGUAGAAGGGAACAGAGCCGAGGUAGUCGAAGAUGGCGCUGAAAAAGAAGUUUUGACUUUAGCACAAAAUUUGCACCAACAUUUUAGUUGGCCGAUGUUUGAAAGAAUCAUUGGAUCUUGAGAUAUAAGUCUAAAUAGGAUUUUUGAGAAAAAUGAUGUACUACAACCCCAUGUAACUUUUGUCACUCUAUACAAUGGUAAUAGUAGUUUCAGUACUAAUUAAAUAGAAAAGUACUUUGGGUGCUUACCAGUAGAACUCCAUGUACGUCUUCGUUGUCAUCGCUCCCUGCUGAUAAACGCCGGUAAACGAUUUUUCAAUAAUCGUUAGUAUGCUCGUGUUCAAGGCCAUUAAUUGGUUAAUUGGAAAGGAAUAGAGUAAGCAAGUGAUUGACGAGAGAUGGCGAGAAAGUUAUAGAAGGAAUGUGGGUGCGUGGCGGUUGCGUGGCGACUCGCGCGAGAAGAAGAGGCAGCUGAGCAGAAUGCAAUGACGGUGAUGCAAAAAUAAUUCAUACUUUGAAAAGUUGAAAAGCAUACAUCAUUGACGAACAGAUUGGAAUUGAUAAAAAUUAUAUUGAACAACUCUACUUGCAAUUAAUUUCAUUUUGAAGCAUGUUAUUUUUCAAGCUUUUCUCUUGAAAAACUGAAAAAAUCCAAAAUUUUAUUGCAGAACAGUACACGUACGACCGCAAUUCGCUGUCCGCCAACUACUACACGUACCUGACCGAUUCCGGAAGAAACUCGCCGUCUCCCGCGGCCCCGCCCCCUUUCGUGGCGCCUGUCUCGUCGGCCACGCCAACUGCCGGUCCCUCGAUCGUUCGGAAUCAGACGGCGCCGACGCUGCACCAAAAGCCGCCGAAAAAUGCGAUUCCGAGCCGUCCGAGCACUCCGCAGACGGCGCAAGCAUCGAAAAGAACGCAGCAAGUGAAGAAUGUGAGCAGACAAUUUAAAUUACAUUUAAAAAAAAUAAAGCAAAAUGCCUAAGCCCAAUUUCAGUUGCAACACCAAGAAGCGGGCACACCGUCAGUGAGUCGCCCGUCCUCCGAAGUCGAUCUGACCGCUUUCCGCCGAACUCAGCUGCAGAACAUCGCGAAGGCGCCGUCCGUGCCGCGCAAAACGCCGAAACCGAGAGAAGUGGAGAAGGAGCUGAUCAAUUUGAUCGUCGUCGGACACGUGGACGCCGGAAAGAGCACUCUGAUGGGACACUUGUUGCACGAUGUACGCUUUUUUUUUGAAUUUGGAAGGAAUUUGAAACUUACAACUGCUUUUUAUUAUUCAAAAAGCCGUCGGGUCCUAAAAAGCGUAUCAAUAUUUGCAGUUGGAAGUGGUCGACACACGUACCAUGGACAAAUACAAGCACGAAGCGGCCCGCAGCGGAAAAGCCUCGUUCGCCUACGCGUGGGUUCUCGACGAGACGGAGGAGGAACGGUAUGCACAGAAAAUAGGCAUUUUUCGAGCACAGCCAUAGAGAUGUUUAAACAAUUGGGUUAAAGUGCAGAAAAAUGCUAUUAAUAUUCUUCCAUUACAAUUUUCAAUAGCUCCUGGGACUUUCCUUGUGAAACAGAAUUUUUUUUAGAACUUUUUUAAGUGUGAAAUUUCUCAUCAAAUGAAAAAAUGCAGUUGUCGUGAUUCAGAGAGCGCGGAGUGACGAUGGACAUUGGACGGACGAGUUUCGAGACGGCGCACCGACGGAUCGUGCUCCUGGACGCGCCGGGACACAAAGAUUUCAUUUCGAACAUGAUCACGGGCACUUCGCAGGCCGACGCGGCCAUUCUCGUGGUCAACGCGACGACCGGCGAAUUUGAGACGGGAUUCGAGAACGGCGGACAGACGAAGGAACACUCACUCCUUCUCAGGAGUCUCGGUACAGUCUCGGUACGUCAAACUUUGAAAAAAGUCGAUAUUUCUGCAGGAGUGACACAAUUGGUGGUGGCCGUGAACAAACUGGACACUGUCGAGUGGUCGCGUGACCGUUUCGAAGAGAUCCGCACCAAUUUGAGCGUAUUUCUCAGCAGACAGGCCGGAUUUUCAAAGCCGAAAUUCGUGCCCGUUUCCGGAUUCACGGGCGAGAAUCUCGUGAAAAGGGUGCACGGGAAAUGGUACGACGGACCGUGUCUUCUCGAAUUAAUCGGUGAGAAAUUUGGGAUUUUUUUUAAUGAGUUGGAAAUGUUCGUUUUUAUUGUGUGAGAGAAAAAAGGCGUUUCGUACUAAAGUGUGAAACAAAUGUGGAAAACUGUUUCAAUGAAAUUUGAUAGUGACUUUUUAAAACAAUACUGUUUUCAUUGCAAAUAAAUUAAAAUUGAAGGAAAUAAAACAGAAUUGGCUGUUAUAUUUUUUUAGUUAAAAAAUUUGUCGUUCACUGUGCUGGGCUAUUGGCCGCCCCUUGUUCUAGACUUUAGACCCACUUGCAACAAUGCGAUCGGCCCCAAACUGCAGACUUCCUUGACUUGGAUCAAAGUAAACUGGCACCGAGUUUCGGGUUCGGAUAAUCCGAUCGGUCUGAAACUUGAACCCAGAAUACUUUGAUCCAAGUCCAAGAAGCCUGCAAAGUUUGGGCCCGAUCGCAUCAUUGCAAGUGGGUCAAAAGUCUAAGCCAAGGGCCGGCCAAUUGCCCCUGGUUUCAACAGCAAAUUUGGAGGCGAAACCAUUUGGAAAGCAUCAAACUUUGAAAACAUUCGAAUUUUUUGCAGACAGUUUCGUGGCUCCACAACCGCCGUCCGACGGACCACUUCGCAUUGGAAUCAGUGAUAUUUUGAAGGUUUCCUUGUUUUGUAAAAAAAAUUCGGGAAAAACCCAUAUUUUACAUGCAGGUCCAAUCGAAUCAAUUGACGGUGAACGGAAAAAUCGAGUCGGGCGAGGUGGAGAAGGACGAUAAAGUGUACAUUAUGCCGAGUGUGACACCGGCUACUGUCAAAGGUGAUUUUUUGUUAAAAUUUACAGAAUUUUUCAGCUAGAAUUGGGAAAAAUUGACUUCUUCUUGUGUGAGAAAGCAUUGAAAUUUGCACAACACGCUAAAAUCUUUUUUUUUUCAAUGUAACUUUUUGUAGCGUGUCUGUCGAAUCAGUCGCAGGAGCAUUGUGUGGCCGGAGACUUUGUCCUCCUGACCCUCCAGGGCACUUUCGAGCCCGAAUCCGUCCAAACGGGCUCCGUCGUCGUCCGUGCCGGCCCGGACACCCUCAUCCCGGCCAAGAAGUUCCUCGUUCGAUUGGUCGUUUUUGAAAUUGCCACGCCCAUUAUUAAGGUGAGCAUUUUUUCGGAAUUUUACCCGAACAAUCCCAAACCAAAUGAAAGUUACAGUGUUUUGUAUUUUUAGGGAGCCCGAGCGGAACUCUACUCGCACGCAUUGUGUGUUCCGUGCAUAUUCACCAAAUUGACGCACACAAUUAACAAAUCGAAUGGAGAAGUGCUCAAGCAGAGACCGAGGUGAGAGAUUUUUAUAGGAAUUUUAAUUUUAAAACAAUGUUUGGGCGAGUUGCCUGCGGGUCCCGCCACGAUUUGAAGAGUACGGUAUCACCAAGUUCAGUUGUGUUAAUCUUUUUAGGCUAUUUGAGCCGACACAGCUGAACCUAGUGAUACCGUUUCCCUCAAAUGGUAGUGUAGAUUUACGCCGCAACGCCUUCUGAUGCUUUCUGUCCAUGUCUUCAAUAAAAUAUGACGUUUUUCAUAAACUACCAGUUUCAAUUAAUAAACGAAAUAGCGCGCUUUGAGUGGGAAAAAGUAGCUGAAAUUUGAAUAAUUGUAUUCAGAUUCCUCGCCAAAAACACGUCGGCAGUGGUGGAAAUCGAAACGGAGCACGACAUUGCCGCGGAGCCGUUCACGAGCUGUCGGGCGCUCGGAAGGGUCACUUUCCGAUCGGCGGGCAACACCAUCGCCGCCGGAAUCAUUGAAAAAGUCAUUUCUCCCCAAUAA